UUUGCGCCGCUAGAUGACCUUACUAGUCUAACGUCUUCUGCACUUUAUUGCCGUUUCGUGAUAUUCUGUCUUACUAAUAAGUGAUUUUUUGUAAGGAUGUCUCUUCGCGUCUUGGUUGGUUGUAAACGUGUUAUUGACUAUGCUGUUAAGAUCCGUGUUAAACCUGACAAAUCUGGAGUCAUCACCGAAGGAGUGAAGCACUCUAUGAACCCGUUUGACGAGAUUGCAAUUGAGGAAGCUGUACGCAUGAAAGAAAAGAAGGUUGCCAAAGAAAUCGUAGCUUUCUCCUGUGGUCCAACUCAAUGCCAGGAAACACUCAGGACCGCUCUCGCAAUGGGAGCGGACAGGGGAAUUCACGUUGAAGUUUCAGGGCCAGAGUAUGAAACACUGCAGCCAUUGCACAUUUCUAAAAUGUUGGCUAAACUGGCAAAAGAUGAGCAGAUUGACCUAAUAAUUGUUGGGAAACAGGCUAUUGAUGAUGACUGUAACCAAACAGCCCAAAUGACAGCUGCUCUGCUAAAUUGGCCACAGGCUACUUCUGCUUCCAAGAUUGAAGCCAAGGAUGGCAGCUUGCAGGUGGUACGUGAGAUUGACGGAGGCCUCGAAACAAUUAAGGUGAAACUACCAUCGGUCGUCAGUGCCGACUUGCGUCUCAAUGAGCCGCGCUACGCUACCCUUCCUAACAUCAUGAAAGCCAAGAAAAAGCCCAUAAAAAAAAUGGCGCCUAAAGAUUUAGGCGUCGACGUUAGCCCCCGAAUUCAAGUAGUCACGGUCGAGGAACCACCCGUACGACAAGCCGGCGCCAAGGUCGAGAAUGUGGACGCCGUGAUAGAGAAACUGAAAGCCCUUGGUCACGCCUAAAUUUGCAGGAAUUGCAAUGAAAAACAUCCGAAGAAACCUCAAUAUGACUGGUUUCUGUUGUAGUUCUGCUUUAUCAAUGCAAAUUGUGUUCGAAAGAAUGUUAUAACGGAAAAGAAUACAAGACCUUAUUAUACUUA